AUUUUUGCUUCCUAUAAGUCUUUCAUAGAUUAAUUCAACACUUUGAACCCAUACAAGUGCAUGUCCUUUACGUCUGUUCGGUGCAAAACACACCAAACCAGCUAAAGAAAGUUAAAUGAUAUUGUACUUUGUGUUGUUCUCCAACUAUGUGUAGUUACUUAUUGCAGAGAAUGGAGAAUUAUCAAGGUGAUUUGACUGACAUGCUUCGAGCCAGCGGCGGCAGUGGAGGAGGCGGCACAGCCGGUGAACAACCACCAGUGGGCAGUGACUGGCAGUUUCCAUCCCACCCCAUGAAUUAUCCUUCAGAAAUCGAAGAACCCGUGGACGAUUUCGGCGAUCCAUUCUCCAACAUUCGAGAUCCACUUCUUCACGAGCUCAAUAUACCCAAUUCAAACUUCUUUGACAGCUCAAACAAUUCUUUGGACAUGACUAAAACAAGUCAUGUUGAAGCCUUAGGUGGUGGUGGUGGUGGUUUUAAUAGUGGUGGUGUUUUUAGUCAUCAGCAGAUUAUUGACCGUGAUGAUCAGAUAAAGAGGCCUUGUAAUGUGUUCUCAAGGAUGCUUCAGAUCUCACCGGUAUCACCCUGCGAUUCGCCGGUGGUGGCCGCCGCCGCCUCUCCGAGGGAAACCAAGGUUCCUGCCUUAGUUGCUAAUGAUCAUAUGAUUAGUGGUAACAGCUCCAAAAGUUGUUUGAUUGAACAUACUGGGAUACAGAUCUCAUCUCCGCAACAUACGGGUAUUAAAAGAAGGAAGAGCCAAGCAAAGAAGGUAGUUUGUAUACCUGCACCAGCACCUGCAAACAGCAGAUCAACUGGGGAAGUAGUUCCAUCUGACCUCUGGGCUUGGAGAAAGUAUGGUCAGAAGCCUAUCAAAGGCUCUCCUUAUCCAAGGGGAUAUUACAGAUGCAGUAGCUCCAAGGGUUGUUCUGCAAGGAAACAAGUCGAACGGAGCCGGACUGACCCUAAUAUGUUGGUCAUCACAUACACUUCUGAACAUAACCAUCCAUGGCCAACCCAGAGAAAUGCUCUAGCUGGUUCUACUAGGUCCCAACCAUCAAAGAGCAAUGCAGCUUCAAAGAAUUUACCAGCAUCUCAAACUCAAAAGACAACAAGAAGCUUGAAGGAAGAAGAAAAGGAGUCCAAUUAUACUACUCAUGAAAAUAAUGUAUCAUCAUCCACUAAUAUCACUGCAAAUUCCACAAAUACAGGUUCAUCUGUGAAAGAGGAGAUGGAAGACCUUGAUAAGCAAAUAGAAAUGGAUGAUGAUGAGUUCAGUACUGAAGGGUUUAUUCAGAGUUACAGGCCGGCAUUGCCAGACUACUCCUCCAACCAAUGUGAGGACUUCUUUGCAGAUUUAGGAGAAAUAGAGGCUGACCCUCUAAACCUCUUGUUCACCCAAGCAUUCACAGCAGAUGAGGAGAGAGAAAACAACAAGGCCUUGGAUCCAUUCAGUCUCUUUGAUUGGACAGCAAGCAACAACAAUAACACUUCAAUUGAUCAUCAAGAAGCUAAGAGGGGUUUGUAGAAAAGACCUUGAAACAUGCAUUAACAGAAUCCCCCACUAAAACACAGACUCUUAUAUAGUUGGUGUUUGUUUUUUUCUGGUGCAAUUUCAUUCAAUUAAGGUCAUUUUAUAUAAGCCUUCCCAUUGUAGUUUGAGCUUUCAUGUCACGAAGUUUGAGCAUGGAUCCUCUAUUGUAAUAACACUGUGCUGUACAGCAGGAUAUAUAACUCAGAUUGCUCACACAUUUGAAGUGUUCACUGUUCUAUACAGCAUAAGCAGGAGACGACUUAAAUUGCUUGCACGUUUGGAGCGCUCACACGUAUAGAUGAUCACAACAGUCAUCUACUGUACCACCCGAUACUGUUACAUGGAAAGGUCCCAACUAGGGAAGUUUUUAAAGUUGUUACUCCCUUUUUUAUUGUCAUUUAUGAAAAGAGGCAGGAGAGAUUAGGAAAGAAGAGAAAGAGAGUGUUGGUUAAUUGGGAGCAGACUCAUGAGUCCCACAUUCCCUUGGAAUAUUAGUGGAUGGGACAGAAAGCUAAGGAACAGAAGGGUUGAACAGUGAAAACAAGUACAUCUCUGAGACACGAUUGAAAGCUCAGUGAGAAGAUUGAUGAAAGAUGAGACACACACACACUCUCAUCCCUUAUAGAGUGGGAAAAAUUAUUCAAUUGCAAAGUUUGUCCCUUUCUGAUCAUGUGAGUAUGUCAAAAAUUAAAAACCAUGCUUUAUUUGCUUUGAUAAGCUAAAAGAAAAAGAAAAGAUAACGACUACCAUGGAAGAUGACAAGUGAAAGUGGGGGAUGAAAAAAAUAUUAUAAAAAUCUUGACUUUUCAUAUCAAUCUUCUAGGGAUGUGUAAAAGGGCAUACAAAAGCUUUG